AUGUUCAUCAACUGGGCUCACUUCAUCAUCCCGAAAAUAUCAUUUGCCUUAUCUUUCAUAGCGAAUCCAAUUUUUGUGUACCUAAUUCAAUCUGCAAAGGCGAUACAAUUCGGUGACUACCGAUAUCUGUUGUACUUUUUUGCCACUUUUAAUAUCUCUGCUGCAGUUAUUGAUUUAUUAGUUCCAAUUUGUGUUCACAGCUAUCGUUAUGCCACGGUGUUCUUUAAUGUUGAUGGAAUAUUUUCAGAGCGUUCCGAAUCCGGUCCAUUACUCAUUUCCCUACGAUGUUCGUUCAUAUCUGGAACUUAUGGAAUCCUAAAUUCCCAUUUCAUUUUUCGAUACUUAAUUCUCAAGAAUAAGUAUUUUGUAAACAAGUAUUUUUUGCCAUACGGCUUAGUUUUAUCGAUUUUUCUUGUGGUGUUUCAUAUUAGUUUUUGGUGUAUCGUUGUGACGCCAACAAUGAUUGAUGACGAAGAACGGAGGAAUUACACCGGCCAGUCAUUCCAAUAUGAAUUUGGAGAAGAUUUUGAAAAUAUCAAUGCAAAAAUUGUGGUGUUUGCGGAAGCCUCUACAGACGUGGUGGUAAAAUCUUGGACUGGAGCAAUUAUUGUGACUAUCCUUGCUUCUUACUCUAUGGUUUUGUACUUUGUUUUGGGUUACAAAAUAAUGACCGGCUUGAACCAAGGAUCCACAACAAUGAGCCACAAAACCACGCAAAUGCAGAAGCGACUGCUCUGGGCGCUAACUAUUCAAACACUGAUUCCGAUUUGUGUCAGUUUUAUUUGUUGCCUUGUUAUGUACGGAUCCGCUUUUAAAAUUGGGUUUCCGAGUUGGAUUAACUGGGGCUCUUCAAUAGCGGUUUCGAUGUUCCCAUUUUUGGAUCCGAUGGCUAUCAUAUUCUGUUUGCCCGCUUUACGUCAAAGGCUGUUUCAGAUAAUUGGUGUAGAUUUGAAACUUCCGACGACGUCGAAUCAAGUUCAUACAACCGAGAAUUGA